AUCUUUGGUCAUGGCAAAGGACUUGGAGGUGCAAGAGGGCGGAGCAACGGCGGCGAGAGACUAUCAGGAUCCGCCUCCUGCGCCAUUAUUGGACAUGGAGGAGCUUAGGAAGUGGUCACUAUAUAGAGCGGUCAUAGCUGAGUUCGUGGCAACUCUUCUCUUCCUUUACGUCUCAGUCCUCACCGUAAUUGGCUACAAGGCUCAGACCGACACAAACGCAGGAGGAGUUGAUUGUGGCGGCGUUGGGAUAUUGGGGAUUGCUUGGGCUUUCGGUGGAAUGAUCUUUGUUCUCGUUUACUGUACCGCUGGUAUCUCCGGUGGUCAUAUAAAUCCGGCUGUGACGGUGGGACUGUUCUUAGCUAGAAAAGUGUCAUUGGUGCGGACAGUGUUAUACAUUGUGGCUCAGUGCCUUGGAGCCAUCUGCGGUUGCGGUCUGGUUAAAGCAUUCCAAAGUUCUUACUACACCAGAUAUGGAGGUGGAGCCAACCAGCUUGCCGAAGGCUACAACAAAGGUACCGGACUAGGUGCCGAGAUCAUUGGAACAUUUGUCCUUGUCUACACCGUUUUCUCGGCCACCGAUCCCAAGCGAAGUGCACGUGACUCUCACAUUCCAGUUUUGGCGCCACUUCCCAUUGGUUUUGCCGUCUUCAUGGUUCACUUAGCCACCAUUCCCAUCACCGGAACUGGAAUCAACCCGGCCCGUAGCUUCGGAGCCGCAGUUAUCUACAACCGAGAAAAGGCCUGGGACGACCAAUGGAUAUUUUGGGUGGGACCGAUGAUCGGAGCUGCUGCUGCUGCGUUAUACCAUCAAUUUGUUCUAAGAGCGGCUGGAAUUAAAUCUCUUGGCUCCUUUAGGAGCUCUGCUUAAUUUUAAUUGUUUAAAUUAAGCCACGAGUUAAACUUAAAUCAAAAUGAUGAUUACGUGUAUCUUUUUAUUUUAUUUGUAUUUUCUGUUUUUUAAUUUCAUGUAAUUUCCCAUUGGUUGUAGUUGCUAUUUUAAUUAAUGUUGCUUAAAGAUAAGUCUCGAUUUCGCUUAUUUAAAAAUCUUAUAUUGCG